AUGUUUAUAAUUGUAUCUGUUGUAAUAUUAUUAACGAUUCAAACCAACGCAUUUGUUCUUCACGAAAAAGCUGGUCAACAGAUUACUUGCCAGAGAGGCCAGUAUCUUAAUACGCCACCUUCCGGCAAUCCAUCUUGUGAACCAUGCCCUGAGGGCACCUACAACUCACGUGACAACCACACGCUGGAGAUGUGCGUCACUUGCUCUAAAGCUGACAUUUUUAGUUUCGAAUACGUUAAAACAGAUUGUACCCCAACCCACGACACGGUGAUUCGAUGUAUCGGUCACCACUACAGGGUGGAGCAAGACUUUGGUGACUUUGUUGACGGCCAGUGUGCCAGGUGUACAAUCUGUCAGAUGACCAACCAGUACCUGGUCAGGGACUGUAUGGACACCAGCGAUACCAUCUGCUGCCCGCGGGAAAAUAUGGUGGUCAAAGAUGUUGCAGGAAGAAAUAUUUGCACUGAGUCUUAA